CCAUAAACAACAUCAGCUGUGAGGAAGCCAUGUCAUGUGAUUUAGACAAUGAACAUUUCGAAACAGUUAUUUACAGAGGCUUUCACCAACAGCCUUUUCAAUAUGCCAAAUCGGGGUUUUAUUUGUGUUGUUGUUUUGAUCUCCCUCUACUCCGAGACGCAGGGGUAUACACACAGGCGUUUUCAGGUAACUUUUUAACCCAGACGUUCAGUGUUCACUGUUACUGGGUUUGACUAAUGUCAGGAGCAUGGCUGAUAGUAUGUCUAGCUAGCUCUCAUUUCGUAAACGAAGUUCAUAGUUACAUUAUAUUCGUAGUACACGUGUUCAUAGUUAUAGUCUAGUGCUAGCUGGGUAUAUUCAUAAUGGCUAAGACUAGAGAGACUGCUGUUGGAUUCAUUGUUCUUUCAUUCACUCUAGCAUGUUUAUGAUCUCAGAUGUUACAUUAUAGGCAUCAGGUUUGUUCCUCUGAACAUCUCAUGCUUUUACAUUAUUAUUACUAGGCCAAGAAUCAUGAGUACAGCACUGACCCAAAACCCCAGUUUAAAGAGAAAUAUUUUUCCCAAAUAAUGGACCACUUCAACUUCAACAUUAUGGGCAAUGGCACCUAUGAGCAACGGUACCUAAUCACAGGUGAAUAUCAUUGUUAUUGCUAUUUUGCAGAGUUUGUGCUGGUCUCUCUUAUUCAGUCCAACAUGCAUGCCCACUUUUAACUGUUACCAUGCUCUGUGUCCUUCUAGAUGAGUACUGGAAGAGAGGUUCUGGACCCAUGUUCUUCUACACGGGCAACGAGGGAGACAUCUGGGAGUUUGCCCUGAACUCUGGAUUCAUCACAGAGCUGGCAGCACAGCAAAGAGCCCUGGUCAUUUUUGCUGAGCAUGUAAGAAGAGGCCAUAAUGUGUCACAUGUUCAUGUUGAAGCUUGUGACCAUGACAGAACUGGGGAAGUUACUCAACCAUGUCACAGAAAUAGGCUGGCCUCAUAUCCACAAAGCAUCUCAGAGUAGUAGUGUUGAUCUAGCAUCAUAAUAUUGUAGAUCAGCACUCCUACUUUGAGACGCUUUGUGGAUACAGGCCCUAGUCUCAGAUCAGUUCUGUUAUGAUCGUUUUGAUACCAGGCUACAGAAUGUCCUUGAGAAGGGCAGACAAACACUCAAGUAGAGGUGUUACCUGUAACAUGAUGCAUACAGUUACCUUGAAUGUUUGAUUAAUAUUCCACUUUUCUCUCCACAGAGAUACUAUGGCAAAUCACUCCCAUUUGGCCAGGACUCGUUCAACAUCCCAGAGGUUGGGUUACUCACAGUGGAACAGGCCCUAGCAGACUAUGCUAUCAUGAUCACAGAACUGAAACAGCAGCUAGGAGCCUCCGCAUGUCCAGUCAUUGUCUUUGGUGGAAGGUAAGAGUUUUAUUACAGGCAAUUGGAAACCAAAUGUCUAUUGAAUGAUUUCCGUAUUGGUUUCAGUGAUCUGAAAUCUGUCAUUUGUAUUCUUUGUAGCUAAAUGCAAGUUCCAGGUAGUGGGUUCGAUCCCCGGGACCACCCAUACACAAAAAAAAAAAAUUAUGCACGCAUGACUGUAAGUCGCUUUGGAUAAAAGCGUCUGCUAAAUGGCAUAUUAUUAUCAUUUGUUUCUUGAAAAAUGGUACAAAGAAAACUAUGCUUUUAGAUACAAAAUAAUUGCAGUGCAAAGUAUCUUUUCCCACAAUGAAAGCAUAAUUAUGUUCUUUACAUAUCCAAUUAAUUCCCAAUUUUGUACUUCCAAAGUAUCAGACAGAAACUCAAUGAUACAAUGACAUCAUCAACUUCAGUAUAGAUAAGAGGCCAGGCUCUCAUACAAAGGUUGUCUUCUCUCUCUCGCCUUCAGUUAUGGAGGAAUGCUGUCGGUCUACAUGAGACUGAGGUACCCAAACAUUGUAGCAGGGGCUCUGGCUGCCAGCGCUCCCAUCCUGUCUACUGCAGGGAUGGGGGAAUCCAAACAGUUUUUCCAGGAUGUCACAUCUGUAAGUUCAGACUUACAGUAGAUAGUCUCACAUUAGCUGGUCUAUUUUGUCCCUUAGUUGUAGUGACCAAAGUUUUCUACAUCCUUGAUUUUUAAAUUUCUCUGUUAACAUUACCCAAUGUUUUUUUUGUGUGUGUAGGAUUUCGAGAACUAUGCCCCAGAGUGUAGGGAUGCUGUAAGAGGGGCGUUCCAGAGGCUGCGAGACCUGGCUCAAAUGGAAGGUAAGGUCUGCAUGUGUAGCAAAUGGGGAUCUGUGAAACUCACUCCUCAGCCUGAAGUGUCUCCACUUGCGCUGCUGAAUAGCUAGCUUUUUGGUGGCACAACUUAAUAUGCUUUAGGAUGACGGUCACGUGUUUGCGAGGCAGAGGUCCUGGGUUCGAGCCUUGGUAUGUGCCGAAUCAGGAGGAAACGGUAUUCGCUAAGCAAGCAGCGUGACAUCCUUUACACAUGCACAAUAUCAGAUAAGCCCUCGUAGAAUUGGGUUCAUCAUUUGAAUAUGCCUUUACAAAGUAUUAAUGUCAUCACUGAUACGUAUAGGGUUGUAUGUCACAAUACAACCACUGUGAUUUUCCAUCAUUACAGUAAUGCUCAUUGUCUCCUUUGCAUGUUUGUCCCACUUCAGACUAUGGCCGUAUCCAGUCAGCGUUCUCCCUGUGCAAGACUCCAUCCUCGUAUAAGGACAUCCACCAGUUGAAUGGGCUCUUACGUAAUGCCUUCACCCUCAUGGCCAUGCUGGACUACCCCUACAGCACCCACUUCAUGGGUAGCAUGCCUGCCAACCCAGUCAAGGUACUGUUGCUCACAGAUAACAACUCAUUGGAAUUUCACCCCUACUAUGUUGUUCAACCCAUACUAUGUUGUUUGUGAUGAACUAAGAAGAGAACUAUAUGUGCUUGUAGGUGGCCUGUGACACCAUGUUGGGUGCAGGUGAUUUGCUGCAUGCCCUAAAAGACACUGCAGGUAAGUAGGCGAGAGGGAUGUCCAGUGAGUUCUCCAUGAGCCUUCAAGGAUUCUGCCAGUUGACUUUUGUAUCACUGAGGCAUUUCAUAUCAGUUUCCACUAGAGGGUACUCCUCCUACACAUUCCCCAGCUGCUCCUCAGGCAGAAUCACUAUAAACCAUAUAUCCAAAUCAACCCAGAAAUCCAUACACAAAAAUUUAUGCACGCAUGACUGUAAGUCGCUUUGGAUAAAAGCGUCUGCUAAAUGGCAUAUUAUAUAUUAUAUUAUUAUAUAUUUAUAAUUGAUGCUCUCUAUAGCAGGUGCUCACAUUUCCAUAUGAAAAUGCAAUGUUAGGUCUACCAGUAACUGUAAUGGUGUAAUAUGUUUUUGAUGUAAUGCCAAAUCUCCUACAGGGAUAGUGUACAACUCUACAGGAGAUCUGACCUGCUUUGACCUAUACACCCUGUAUGUGGAGUGUGCUGACCCAACUGGCUGUGGACUGGGCUUCGAUAGCCUGGCCUGGGACUACCAGGUACAGUAUACAUCACCAAGCUGUUGACAUUUGUUCUUUGCUCAUCAAGUUGGAAAACUAAGGAGCAGAGCUACUGAAAAUGGAAUAAUUAUGGAAAUAGUUGGAAUUUUUUCUCACUAAGACUGAUGUCUUCUCUUUCAGGCCUGCACAGAGAUUGAGAUGUACUAUGAGAGCAACAAUGUGAGUGACAUGUUCCCUCCUAUGCCCUUCACUGAGAAACACAGGGAACAGUACUGCUCCAAGCGCUGGGGGGUGAUCCCCCGACCUGGCUGGCUCAAAACCCAGUUUUGGGGUGAUGGUAAGAGCUGCCCCCCUCUAAUCACCACAGCUACAGAUGCAAACUACAUACAAUCGUGGUCAAAAGUUUUGAGAAUGACACAAGUAUUGGUCUUCACAAAGUUUGCUGCUCCAGUGUUUUUAGAUAUUUUUGUCAGAUGUUACUAUGGUAUACUGAAGUAUAAUUACAAGCAUUCCAUAAGUGUCAAAGGCUUUUAUUGACAAUUACAUUAAGUUUAUGCAAAGAGUCAAUAUUUGCAGUGUUGACCCUUCUUUUUCAAGACCUCUGCAAACCGCCCUGGCAUGCUGUCAAUUAACUUUUUUUUUUUUUUACGUCAUUUAGCAGACGCUCUUAUCCAGAGCGACUUAGAGUUAGUGAGUGCAUACAUUUUUCAUACUGCCCCCCCGUGGGAAUCGAACCCACAACCCUGGCGUUGCAAGCGCCAUGCUCUACCAACUGGGCCACAUCCUGACUGAUGGCAGCCCAUUCUUGCAUAAUCAAUGCUUGGAGUUUGUUAGAAUUUGUGGGUUUUUGUUUGUCCACCCGCCUCUUGAGGAUUGACCACAAGUUCUCAAUGGGAUUAAGGUCUGGGGAGUUUCCUGGCCAUGGACCCAAAAUGUCGAUGUUUUGUUCCCCAAGCCACUUACUUAUCACGUUUGCCUUAUGGCAAGGUGCUCCAUCAUGCUGGAAAAGGCAUUGUUCGUCACCAAACUGUUCUUGGCUGGUUGGGAGAAGUUGCUCUCGGAGGAUGUGUUGGUACCAUUCUUUAUUCAUGGCUGUGUUCUUAGGCAACAUUGUGAGUGAGCCCACUCCCUUGGCUGAGAAGCAACCCCACACAUGAAUGGUCUCAGGAUGCUUUACUGUUGGCAUGACACAGGACUGAUGGUAGCGCUCACCUUGUCUUCUCCAGACAAGCUUUUUUCCGGAUGCCCCAAACAAUCGGAAAGGGGAUUCAUCAGAGAAAAUGAUUUUACCCCAGUCCUCAGCAGUCCAAUCCCUGUACAUUUUGCAGAAUAUCAGUCUGUCCCUGAUGUUUUUCCUGGAGAGAAGUUGCUUCCUCGCUGCCCUUCUUGACACCAGGCCAUCCUCCAAAAGUCUUCGCCUCACUGUGCGUGCAGAUGCACUCACACCUGCCUGCUGCCAUUCCUGAGCAAGCUCUGCACUGGUGGUGCCCCGAUCCCGCAGCUGAAUCAACUUUAGGAGACGGUCCUGGCGCUUGCUGGACUUUCUUGGGCGCCCUGAAGCCUUCUUCACAACAAUUGAACCUCUCUCCUUGAAGUUCUUGAUGAUCCGAUAAAUGGUUGAUUUAGGUGCAAUCUUACUAGCAGCAAUAUCCUUGCCUGUGAAGCCCUUUUUGUGCAAAGCAAUGAUGACGGCACGUGUUUCCUUGCAGGUAACCAUGGUUAACAGAGGAAGAACAAUGAUUUCAAGCACCACCCUCCUUUUAAAGCUUCCAGUCUGUUAUUCUAACUCAAUCAGCAUGACAGAGUGAUCUCCAGCCUUGUCCUCGUCAACACUCUCACCUGUGUUAACGAGAGAAUCACUGACAUGAUGUCAGCUGGUCCUUUUGUGGCAGGGCUGAAAUGCAGUGGAAAUGUUUUUUUGGGAUUAAGUUCAUUUUCAUUUUCAAUUAAUUGCAAUUCAUCUGAUCACUCUUCAUGACAUUCUGGAGUAUAUGCAAAUUGCCAUCAUAAAAACUGAGGCAGCAGACUUUGUGAAAAUUAAUAUUUGUGUCAUUCUCAAAACUUUUGACCACGACUGUACACCUUACAUAAUUUACUUUGUUAGUGUCAGUGUGCUGCUCUGCUCAUUUGAAAUUCCCAUACAGUACACAUGGCUUGCUUCUUGAACCGUUAUUACCACUUACCAGACGCUUUUAUCCAAAGCGACUUACAGUUAAUGCGUGCAUACAUUUCUCGUAUGAGUGGCCCCAGCGGGAAUCAAACCACCCAAUCCUGGCGUUACAAGCGCAAUGCUAUACUAAUGUAGCCAUACAGGACCACCUCUCUUUAGUACCACCCUUGUCUGCUUGAUAUUUCCAUAGUAAUGUUUCCUCAGUGAUGUUUUGUUCUUUAUGUUUCUGUUUGUUGCCUUGAUCAGCCCUCUCCACGGCCAGCAACAUCAUUUUCUCUAAUGGAGAUCUGGACCCAUGGGCAAAUGGAGGGGUAAGAUAUGAAUCAAAUGUAUUUAUUGAGAGCUACUUUUCUAAACCCUCACAUUUUAAAUGCUAUUCAUCAGUGGCUGCGUUUACACAGGCAGCCCAAUUCUGAUAUUUUUGCCACUAAUUUGUCUAUUGACCAAUCACAUCUGAUCUUUUUCUGAUCUGAUUGGUCAAAAUACCAAUUAGUGGAAAAAAUAUCAGAAUUAGGCUGCCUGUCUAAACGCAGCCAGUGAUGCAUUCAGUCUAGUGUCUCACUUGUAAGAUUUUUGUUCUGUAGGUGAGAAAGUCCUUGAGCUCAUCACUGAUUGCAAUCAACAUCUCAGAGGGGGCUCACCAUUUGGACCUGAGGUGAGAACUUAUUAGAAAUGUCACUUGACUUUCUUCCACUCAACAAUCAACUACUGUAAAUUCACACAGUAUACAAUUAUUUUCUCUAUAAUAUUAGUCGCUUAUACAGUACCACCACAUGGGACUGGUUGCAUUUCAAUGCUAAUGUAAUUUCCCAGAGAGGCCAAUGCCGCUGAUCCAGCAUCAGUUAUAAAGGCCCGUAAGAUGGAGUCAGACAUCAUCGCCAAGUGGGUGAAAAUGGAGGAGAGAUACAGAUGAAAUGCCUUCGACAUGGAUUGUAAUGAUCGACAGUGACAGUUGUAAAAUGUUGUUCAAUAAAGUAUUUUAAUCUUGACAUUUAUACAAAUGUAAAGCAGGUCCAUAGUGUUAUUGUAAACCAAGUGACAUUGUGACACAUUUUGUAAGUUCAUGAUUUAGACAGUUUUAUAGACCCAUAACCAAACACUGGUCCCAUUAGCCCCCAGCUCUUGGUUUAGCAUGUUCAUUCCCAAGUUGAAAAACAGUGUACUACUUUCCAGCUGAGUCACUGAUGUUGCAGGGUCAUAACACACAGGGUGUCCCAAAAUACAGUAUUGCAAAUGACACAGGCGCAUAGUUUCAUUGAAAUGCAGAUUUUCACCAAUUUGAUAUUGAUUGCAAAUGUCUACAAUAUUGCAAUAAAAAUAACCAUUCUAUUCAAUCAGAUCCGCUUUGGCUGACGUCCGCAUAGCGGUUGUUUUGGGAGGUGGAACUGCGCUAGAGCUG